CUUUCUUGACUCGUCUCUUUGCUGUCCUGAGAUUUGAAAGUGUUAUCCAUGAGUUUGAUCCAUACUUUAAUUAUCGGACUACCCGGUUCCUGGCUGAGGAGGGGUUUUAUAAAUUCCAUAAUUGGUUUGAUGACCGGGCCUGGUAUCCUUUGGGACGAAUCAUUGGAGGAACAAUUUACCCAGGCUUAAUGAUCACCUCUGCUGCAAUCUACCACGUCCUCCAUUUUUUCCACAUCACCAUCGACAUUCGGAAUGUUUGUGUGUUCCUGGCCCCUCUCUUCUCUUCCUUCACCACCAUCGUCACGUACCACCUCACCAAAGAGCUCAAGGAUGCAGGGGCUGGGCUUCUUGCUGCUGCCAUGAUUGCUGUAGUUCCUGGAUACAUCUCCCGAUCUGUGGCUGGCUCCUAUGACAACGAAGGCAUUGCCAUCUUUUGCAUGCUGCUCACCUACUACAUGUGGAUCAAAGCAGUAAAGACUGGCUCCAUCUAUUGGGCAGCCAAGUGUGCUCUGGCUUACUUCUACAUGGUCUCUUCAUGGGGAGGUUAUGUGUUCCUGAUCAAUUUGAUCCCUCUCCAUGUCCUGGUGCUGAUGCUCACAGGACGCUUCUCUCACCGCAUCUAUGUGGCCUACUGCACUGUGUAUUGCCUGGGUACCAUUCUUUCCAUGCAGAUCUCCUUUGUGGGAUUUCAGCCUGUUCUUUCAUCAGAGCACAUGGCAGCCUUUGGAGUCUUUGGUCUCUGCCAGAUCCACGCCUUUGUGGAUUACCUGCGCAACAAGUUGAAUCCACAGCAGUUUGAAGUCCUCUUCCGGAGUGUCAUCUCCCUGGUAGGCUUUGUCCUUCUCACCGUGGGAGCGCUCCUCAUGCUGACAGGAAAAAUAUCUCCCUGGACUGGACGUUUCUACUCACUACUGGAUCCUUCGUAUGCUAAGAACAACAUCCCCAUCAUUGCGUCUGUGUCUGAGCAUCAGCCCACGACCUGGUCCUCAUACUAUUUUGACUUACAGCUCCUUGUUUUCAUGUUUCCAGUUGGCCUCUAUUACUGCUUUAGCAACCUGUCGGAUGCCCGGAUUUUUAUCAUCAUGUAUGGUGUGACCAGCAUGUAUUUUUCAGCUGUAAUGGUACGACUAAUGCUAGUACUGGCACCUGUCAUGUGCAUACUCUCUGGCAUUGGAGUCUCCCAAGUGCUGUCCACAUAUAUGAAGAACCUGGACAUAAGUCGUCCAGACAAGAAGAGCAAGAAGCAACAGGAUUCUACCUAUCCUAUUAAGAAUGAAGUGGCAAGUGGGAUGAUCUUGGUCAUGGCUUUCUUUCUCAUCACCUACACCUUCCAUUCAACCUGGGUGACCAGUGAGGCCUACUCUUCUCCCUCCAUUGUGCUGUCUGCGCGGGGUGGGGAUGGAAGUAGGAUAAUUUUUGAUGACUUCCGAGAAGCGUACUAUUGGCUUCGUCACAAUACUCCAGAGGAUGCCAAAGUCAUGUCAUGGUGGGAUUAUGGCUAUCAGAUUACAGCUAUGGCGAAUCGGACAAUUUUGGUGGAUAAUAACACAUGGAAUAAUACCCAUAUUUCUCGAGUAGGGCAGGCUAUGGCAUCCACAGAAGAAAAAGCCUAUGAGAUCAUGAGGGAGCUUGAUGUCAGCUAUGUUCUGGUCAUCUUUGGAGGCCUCACUGGGUAUUCUUCUGAUGAUAUCAACAAGUUUCUGUGGAUGGUCCGGAUUGGAGGCAGCACCGACACAGGCAAACAUAUCAAGGAGCAUGACUACUACACACCAACUGGGGAAUUUCGUGUGGACCGGGAGGGUUCUCCAGUGCUGCUCAACUGCCUCAUGUACAAGAUGUGCUACUAUCGCUUUGGACAGGUGUACACAGAAGCCAAGCGUCCACCAGGCUUUGACCGUGUCAGAAAUGCUGAGAUUGGGAAUAAAGACUUUGAGCUUGAUGUCCUGGAGGAAGCAUACACCACAGAGCACUGGCUGGUCAGGAUCUAUAAGGUAAAGGACCUGGAUAAUCGAGGCUUGUCAAGAACAUGAAGGUCACGUCACGCGUAGCUGUGAUGUGCUUUGCACUGAUAGCAAGCAUCACGUCGAGAUGCUGAGAUUUUUUUUACAUGCAGUGAUUAAAAUUGUCUGGAAAUUUUGCCCUGGGCAUUAGGGGCUGGGCCAAAUGAAUUGAUUUUUAUAAUUCCGAGCAAGUUACCAAAUGAAAUGUUAUGACUUUACUGUGGUGAAUUAAAGGGGGGGAUUUUUAAAAUAAUGUGCCUUAUUUGUUUUGAGUUAUUUCAGGAAGGCAAAGUUUAUGCCGAACUGAUAAAAGGAGCGAUAAUGAUCUUAUCUGUAUUCUUAGCUCCCUAAAUGAACCAAUUAGACCAUUUCAAUCAGUGAGAUUAUCAAUGACCAGCACAAAUCCUGCAUAUACAAAUACUUUUGUCAGCCUUUCUACAUUGGGACACUUAGCACUAUAUCUAGCACAUAGUAGGUGCUCAGUGAAGUUUUGUGGAAUGAAUCAAUGUUUGUGGGACCUGGGAGUUUUGUUUCAUGUACAGAAAAAGCAGCUAUUUGCCAUCAUAUCUCUGUUUUCAAUGUCAUUUGUUCUUGGGGGCUCUUCCCGUAAGAAGGGACUGACAGUGUUUAGCCAGACCUAAUCUUAGAAAUACUCUUUGAGACUGGUCAGGUUUUUUGGGUUUUAUUUUGAUUUAUUUGUCUGUUGUAUCAAGAAUAAGUCAAGCAUGAGUAAAUCAGCGUAGAAGACCAAGGCCAGCAAUGAAAUUAUUCCCAAUGGAGAAGAACCACCUCCUCCAGCAUCAUGUACAGAGCUGAUGGUCAAAUGUCUUUGUCAAUUUAGAUACACAAAUAUUUACCCUCGCCCUGUUUGCUGUUCCUGUAAUCAAACCAACCAGACCGAUGAUCUGGUUUGGAACCUGUGCUAAAUAAGCCACAAGUUAGAAGGGGAAUUACAGUUAGUAGGCAUAGAGUUACAGUUAGUAGGUACCUGUGAACCGGCACCAGCUUGACUGAAGGAAAGAAGAGAAAUUAUAACAAAGUUUAACUCAAAAGUCCGCUGAUCUCAUACAUAGUUGAUGCUAGGACAAGCAACUUUAUGUUCACUGCUACAAGAGCAUAUAUUUGACAACAUAAGGCAUGUAUCAUACAAAUCCUGUCAUUAAAAACAUAUAAGGUAACAAGUGUUCCCUGUUUAAGGAAAAAGGAGGGAUUGCAUGGCUUUUAGAUUGUAAGUCAAAUGGUGCUUUUAAAGAGUAAUUCAGAAUACUGGUAGACCCAGAAAAUUUGGCCUUCCAAACCAUUUUAUAUACCAACUGCUUUAAAUGCGGCUGAGAUUUAGAUUUGAUAAAAUAUUUGACUGACUAUAAAUAAAUACAUUAUUUGAUUUGUAUAUAGAAUUCCUUCCUAGUGGAAGAAGUUAUCCUGGGUUUUAUUUACCAUUACGAGCUACACUAAUUAUAGUUCAUUAGUGAUCUGUUCUUAUUUCGUGGGAUAACCUUAUAAUUUAUUAUAGUUGCUGCUGUUAAGACUUUUUGUAGGGCAACUGAAACCAUCUUUGUAAUUUUUACUUUUCACUGCAGCCAGUAUAAAUGAAAAAUCAAUGCUUUUCACUUAGUGAAAACCUCUUUACAUGUUAUUUACUUCCAUAUCAUUAAAUAUUGUGCUUUACCUUA